AUGAAGUAUUGGAGAAUCGGUGUUAUUUAUAUAUUUAUCUACUUCGCUUGUUUUGGAAGAACAGAUAUCACAUCAGCGAGAACAUGCGAACCUAUUAAAAUCGAAUUGUGUAGACAAAUUGGAUAUAACGAGACGUCUAUGCCUAAUUUAGUCGGUCAUGAACUCCAGAGUGAUGUUGAUCUUACUCUCCAAACAUUUUCACCUUUGAUUCAGUAUGGAUGUAGUGCCCAAUUGAAUUUCUUUUUAUGUGCCGCAUAUCUGCCAAUGUGCACACCUAAAGUCAACAAUGUCAUUGGACCAUGUAAAGGGCUUUGCGAAGCUGUUCGUGCAAGAUGUCAUCCUGUACUUCAAAGUUUUGGAUUUUCAUGGCCAUCAAGUCUUGACUGUAAUCGUUUUCCGAAAGAUAACAAUCACGAAAAUAUGUGCAUGGAAGGUCCGGGUGAACCAAGUGGUACUGGUAGCGGUCUUCCUGUGCCUUCAAAUAAAAUUAAAACGCAACAACCAUCAUGUCAAUAUCUCGUUAAAUCUCAUUUAUAUGUACGACUUAAUCGAAGUAAUCGAUGCACACCGCUUUGUGAUACUGACAUAUUAUUUGAUGCACACGAGAAGCAUUUAGCAGAGACUUGGAUAACAACUUGGAGUGUCGCAGCUCUUUUUGUUGCAAUUAUUGCGACAUUAUGUUUGAUAUUAUCCAAUGCGAGAUGGGACAAGAGAUUAAUGCCACUUGUAAUCUGUCAUUGUCUUGUGAACGUGUCUUGGGCAAUUCGAAUAUUAGCUGGAAGGAAUGCAACAGCAUGCGGAUAUGAUCCCCAAUUUCCAGGAAUUUCUUUACUUUUAACUGAUGGACUUUCAACUUCUCCAUGUUCAUCAAUAUUUCUUUUGCGAUAUUAUUUCGGAAUGUCAGCCGCUAUAUGGGUUGCGAUUCUCAGUUAUCGAUAUAAUCUUCGCAUUCGUCAACAUAUUAAAGAAGCUUAUGGAACACCAGUCGUUAAACAAGAUCCUCAAAAUACUUUGUUUCAAAUUGCCGCAUUUGGUUUGCCUGCUAUUCAAACAGUUAUUACUCUGGUUGCAAGGCUUGUUGAUGCCGAUGAACUUUUAGGAACCUGUUUUGUUGGAAAUCAAUCGGAUAAGGCAUUACUUUUGUUGGUUGCUAUUCCUUCUUUACUUUAUUGGAUGAUAAGUUGUGGAUAUCUUCUCACUGGCUAUUUGAGAAAGAAAUCUCUUAAGAAUGCAAAAAUUCCAGCACAUAUUAAUGGAUUAGGAACAUUUUUGAUCAUCUACAAUGUUCCAAGUGGCCUUUUAUUGCUUUGUAUGUUUUAUCUUUUUGGAAACAGAGAAAAUUGGUUGAUACUGAUUGAUCCAAUGAAUUCGACUACUCAAAACAAAGCUCCGUUAUGGCUUUAUGUGUUGCAACCAUUUUUAGAACUUCUCACAGGUGUCUUAGCAUCAGCCUGGGCAAUUGGUCCAAGAAUAACAAGCUUAUGUAAAAAGGGAAACGUUAAACAACAAGUUAUACCCAAGAACCCUGCAACAAUCAAAUACCAACAAAAUCCUUACAAUUCUGCUUCAUAUCAAACAAUUUGCCCGCCGAACUCCAUUGUAUCAACAUCAAUGGUUUCAAUUGGAACGGUGGGACGAAUGAGUAAACAUCAUAUCAGAAAAUAUUCAUACACACAAACAUUGCCUAGCUUGCAUGAUGGCAGUCGAAGGACGAGGUCGUCAUACCGAAUAACAUCCGCCAGUUUAACAGGAAAUGAAACCGUACUUUAA